UAGCCAAUCAGCUCGUCGGUGGGCGGGGCAGCAGAGUAUAAAUUUCCCAGGUGAGCAGCAGCAGGUGUAGAGAGCAGCACAUGUGCAGGAGGACACACACAAAGGACCUGAGGACGAGACAGGAAGUGAAGACGAGACAGGAAGUGAGGUUUCCAUCAUGGCGUCCUUUGUGCCAGAGCAGGGUCUGUCGCCCCCCCUGUGUGGUCGCUCUCUCCCCCAGCAGGAGCCUCUGUCUCUGGGCCUCGACCCGUCUGACUUCAGCCUGUACAGCCCUCCAGCUCCUCCUGAACCCGGCCUGUCUGCGUCUCCGUGGCUCCCGCCGUCCACCAGCGACCCCUACCCGCUGGGUCCCGCCUCUGGGGGCCCCUACCCGCUGGGCCCCGCCUCUGGGGGCCCCUACCCGCUGGGCCCCGUCUCCGGACUCCUCCCCUCUGUGUUCGGAGGCUUCUUCCCUCAUCACCUCUACAGCGGGCCCUGGUUCUCCACGUCCAUCCCGGACGACAUGCUGCGCAUGGUGCGCCCACCGUACUCCUACUCCGCCCUCAUCGCCAUGGCGAUACAGAGCGCGCCCGAGCAGCGCCUGACGCUCAGCCAGAUCUACCAGUACGUCUCCGACAACUUCUCCUUCUACAGCCGCAACAAGGCGGGCUGGCAGAACUCCAUCCGCCACAACCUGUCGCUCAAUGACUGCUUCAGGAAGGUUCCCCGCGAUGACAGCGACCCAGGUAAAGGAAACUACUGGACUCUGGAUCCAAACUGUGAGAAGAUGUUUGACAACGGGAACUUUCGCCGCAAGAGAAAGAGGAAGGCUGAUAACGUGACCACUGGAAAGAAACCUUCCUCCUCCUCCUCCCCCUCAUCUUCCUCCUCUUCCUCUGACUCCUCCUCGUCAGAGCCCAGUCCUAAAAUUCCCAGCAUACACUGCGGUGUCGCUGAGCUCGCUGUUCUCUCAGACACUCCCCCUGACUUCAGCAGCUUCCUGUCUCACCUCCAGGACUCCCUCCUCUUCCCUCCUCUUCCUCAUGCUGACUCCCCCUCGCUGUACAUGCAGGUACCGGACUACACCUCCCCCUCCUCCUCCUCCUCCUCAGGGAUAUGUCUCCUCUUACUCACCCGGCGCUGUGGUACCUCAGUGGGACGCCUGCAGCUCCUCACCUCCCCUCUACUCCUCCCCCCUCCUCCUCCUCCUCGCUUCCCCUCCUCCCAGUCGACUCCCCCAGACUUCGCCUCCCUCACCGCCCCUCAUGCUGGCUCGCCGCCACUCUACGUCGACCUGCAGACGGCGUCCUGUCUCCUGCCGGAGCUCCAGGAGGCCCAGCAGCUGCAGCAGCUUCAGGCCCAGUGUGAGCCUCUGUUCUCGGGGGGCUUCGCUGAGGCUCUGCCCCUCGACUCUCUGGUUCUCGGGCAGUGAGAGCGCCACCCUGUGUUCACACUGAGGACUGAUGUUUGUUGGGUUGAACUCAAACAGCCACAACGCACUGAAUGUUUGUAUUUAUAUUGUUUUUAUUUUGGGGUGAAUGUUUUUUUAUGGUGUAAAUAUGAGUUGAAUGUUUGUGUUUGGAAUAAAAAAAGAAACAAAUCA